GAGUGUCUGUACGCGCAGCUCGAGAGCAAAAUCACUCACGUGUGCUCACUGAACAUACCCCUAUCUGAAAGCCCAUCUCGUGAGACGCAGGUGAAGGGGGCAGCGUCAGGCGCGUCAGUGCGCGCUCACAUCAGAUGGAGUUCUGCUCCGCAGUUCAGCGAGCGCGAGGCAAGGCAGAUUCACCUGCUGGAGCACUGUGAUCAAGCUGCGGGAAAAACGCUAUAAGAAGUUGCUGUUUGAAUAAUUACCGUGAUUUUUGCCGCACAGUGUUGGGAUUAAAAUGAAGGACACGUUUUGUGGGAUUAUUAAACAUGCAGAUACACGAGAGCUUUAAAGAAACAUCUCUGAGAAACCAAGAACACUAGACGAAAGCGAUGCAACUCGCUCCCUUACAGACCUCGCGACGAAACGGCUCAGAUUGAUUUUUUUCUUUUGGGAUAUAUUCGCGAAAGGAUUACGAAGAUUGCUUAAGCUUUUACAAAGAAAACCUUCAAAUUGGUUAAGAAAUAACAAAAUGAGCAGUCGCUCAUAAGUGAGACAACUACUGUGAAGAUUUUAGAAUUAAAACAGCAGACAAAGGUAAUAUGCGCUGUUUUCCCUCCAGACAAAUCGUUCGCAUUCUGUUUCAAACUUAAGGAGUAUUCACCAUCGGAAAAAUGGAAAGAAGAUCAACGGAUAACAACGAUCAGUUGGAUUUCCUGGAUAUAGGAGUAGCUACAGAAAUAAUUUAUUGUUCUAAAUGAACAAAUCGAUUGUCAAAAUACGGAGAAAAAAAACUCACGCGAGGAGUUAUCACUGUCACAAUGCUGGUCUGAGUUUUGGCUCGUAAUGUAAUUGGCUGGAGACAAGUCAUUUUGUGGACGGUUAACCAGAGGUUAUGUAAUGCAAGAACUGGGAAUGACAUUUUCCUGUCACAGAGCUGUAAGCAGGAAUUUUGCAUCAGUUUGACGAGACGGUUUUCUCCCUUCUAGGAUCUUUGUUAAAAUCAACGUCGGUCUUUUUUUAGUGCCCUGCGGCACGCGAUUUUGAUGUCAGACGAGGCUGCUGCUCCGUCGCCAUGACGACCGAGGAGUGUCCCGUGCCGCUUGGCGUGAGCCAGGUGGGGGUGGGGCGGUGCGAGGACUUCGCCUCCUCUCAGGGAGAUGACAUCAUCGAAGAGGUGGGGCCUUGCGAUGAUGCAAGCAGCGAUCUCAGCACCUUGGUCGUGCCAUUUCCUGAGUUGGCGCCAGUGGUUUUCUUCUGUCUCAAGCAGACCACCUGCCCACGUAGCUGGUGCAUUCGCAUGGUGUCGAGCCCGUGGUUUGAGCGCAUCAGUAUCAUGGUAAUCCUGCUGAACUGCGUCACUCUUGGGAUGUACCAGCCCUGCGAGAACAUCGACUGCACUUCAGAGCGCUGUCAGAUUCUACAGGCCUUCGAUGCAUUUAUCUAUAUUUUCUUUGCAUUGGAGAUGGUUGUGAAGAUGGUGGCUCUGGGGAUCUUUGGCCGUCGCUGUUACCUUGGCGAUACUUGGAACAGAUUGGACUUUUUUAUCGUCAUGGCAGGGAUGGUUGAAUACUCCCUUGAUCUCCAGAACAUCAACUUCUCGGCCAUCAGAACAGUUCGAGUACUCAGACCCCUGAAAGCCAUCAACAGAGUACCCAGUAUGCGAAUUCUAGUUAACCUGCUCCUGGACACUCUGCCCAUGUUGGGAAACGUGCUCCUACUCUGUUUCUUUGUCUUCUUCAUUUUUGGCAUCAUUGGAGUACAGUUGUGGGCUGGACUACUGAGGAAUCGCUGUUACCCAGAGGAAAACUUCACCCUCAAAUCUGGCCUUACCCUUCCCACCCCAUAUUAUCAGCCUGAGGAGGAUGAUGAGCGACCCUUCAUCUGCUCGCUGGCUCAAGAUAAUGGCAUCAUGUCUUGCGGUGACGUGCCUGCUCGGCGAGAGGGCGGUCGGGAAUGCUGUCUGGAUAAAGAGGACGCGCUGCACCGUCAAGCCCUGGGCCUCAGCGCAGAGCCGCUGGUCAACGGCAGUGCCUCUGCCAUGGGUCUCUGUGUCAACUGGAAUCAGUAUUACACCCGCUGUCACACCGGGCACACCAAUCCUCAUAAAGGUGCAAUUAACUUCGACAACAUCGGUUAUGCCUGGAUUGUCAUUUUUCAGGUCAUCACUCUGGAGGGCUGGGUAGAGAUCAUGUACUACGUCAUGGACGCUCAUUCUUUCUACAACUUCAUCUACUUUAUAUUCCUCAUCAUCAUUGGAUCUUUCUUCAUGAUUAAUCUGUGCCUGGUCGUCAUUGCCACACAGUUUUCAGAGACCAAGCAACGGGAACAUCAGCUAAUGCAGGAGCAACGCGCUCGCUACCUGUCCUCCAGCACGCUGGCGUCACUCGCCGAGCCCGGGGAUUGCUACGAAGAGCUUUUCCAGCUGGUCUGCCACAUCCUGCGCAAGGCCCGACGCCGCUCAGCCGCCCUUUACUACAUGCUACGUGGCAAAGCCCCUCCCCCUGGAGGUGGGAGGGGGCGUGGCAGGGGAGGAACAGGCUCGACAGGUGGAGGUGCUAAUGUUAAUGGAAGAGAAAGACACCACUGCCACUUAGCUCACGUGGCUCACUGUAUUCACGAAAGUAAGUUGGACCGCGGCUCCCAUACCCUAGAGAACGCAAUCUCCCUCUCUGUCACUCCGAACCCAGGGGAAUGCCCACAUUGUGCCGUAGCCCUGUCAAUCAAAGAGGGGACGGGGUCGAUGGAUCACUCAGCCAAUGGGGAGGAAGAGGAGAGCGACAGGGAUGAGAGAGAGGAAGAGACAGAGGAAAUGCAAAAGAGGAAAAGCACCUGUUUCGCAAAAUGCACAGAGCUCUGGAAAGAAAUGACGGUGAAGCUAUGGGGUAUUGUGGAGAGCAAGUACUUCAACAGAGGAAUUAUGAUCGCCAUUCUUAUCAAUACUAUCAGCAUGGGCAUCGAGCACCACAACCAGCCCGAUGAGCUGACUAAUGUCCUGGAGAUUUGUAACAUAGUAUUUACCAGCAUGUUUACCCUGGAGAUGAUCCUGAAGCUCACUGCAUUUGGCUGUUUUGCAUAUUUGAGAAACCCCUAUAACAUCUUUGAUGGCAUCAUUGUGAUCAUCAGUGUUUGUGAGAUAAUCGGUCAGUCUGAUGGAGGUCUGUCUGUCCUGAGGACGUUCAGACUGCUGAGGGUCAUAAAGCUAGUGCGGUUUAUGCCAGCUCUACGCAGACAGCUAGUGGUCCUCAUGAAGACUAUGGACAAUGUGGCCACCUUCUGCAUGUUACUAAUGUUAUUCAUCUUUAUAUUCAGUAUUCUUGGAAUGCACAUCUUUGGCUGUAAGUUUAGCCUGAAGACAGAAGCUGGGGACACGGUACCCGAUAGAAAAAAUUUCGACUCUUUGCUUUGGGCCAUUGUCACGGUGUUUCAGAUCCUAACUCAGGAGGAUUGGAACAUGGUUCUCUAUAAUGGCAUGGCCUCUACUUCCCCCCUUGCAGCCCUGUAUUUUGUCGCCCUCAUGACCUUUGGGAACUAUGUUCUCUUCAAUCUGCUUGUGGCCAUCUUAGUGGAAGGAUUUCAGGCUGAGGGCGAUGCUAAUCGUUCCUACUCGGAUGAUGACAGAUCCUCCUGUAACUUAGAAGAAUCAGAGAAGAAAGAUUCACUUCAGCUCUCAGAUCCAAAGAUUUCAACGUUGACCCCUAAUGGGCAUCUGGACUUGUCCCCUGCGCUCAACGCCAGAGGCCUGUACCCAUCAGAAAGGCUGAGCUUUGCCCUGGGUUCUCGCAAGAGCAGCGUAAGCUCUCUGGGCAGGGCAAGCCUGGAACAGACGACUCUGUGCCCCGGACGAGCCUCUCUGUACCACAACUGGGGGCGGCCCGCUCAACAAGGUGUGUGGAGUCGCAGGUCAAGUUGGAACAGCUUGGGCCGAUCCUCUAGAUACCUGGGGAUGGGCGGAGGCGGAAGUUUAAGGGUCCGCAGCCCCCACUCCCACCCUGCCGAGCAAGAGUCCCUGCUCUCUCCCCCUCCACCCCCCCUGCAUCCGCCUCUCCUCUCCAGACACUUUGUACCGUGCAGAGAACGGCGGGCCCUCUCUCUGGAGCUUCCAGAGCUGCUGCAGGUUCCCGGACCUGCCUUGCCUCCCCUGCAUCCCCGUCAGCGUAAGAAGAGCAUCUCCGGUGGGGUAGGAGAGCACCAGGACUGUAAUGGGAAGACACCUUCAGUCCAACCUCAGAUCAUUAAUGAAGUCUACCCUCAGGUCAACACACGCAAGGAGAGGGAGGAUCUGGAUGAUGAGCUGGACUAUAGUUUAUGUUUCCGGCUCCAGAAGAUGAUCGAGGUGUACAGACCAGACUGGUGUGAGACCAGGGAGGAUUGGUCCGUCUUCCUCUUUUCUCCGCAAAACAAGUUUAGGUUGAUGUGUCAGUCCAUCAUAGCUCAUAAGCUGUUUGACUAUGUGGUCCUGGCCUUCAUCUUCUCAAACUGCAUCACUGUGGCUUUGGAGAGACCCAAGAUACUUCAGGGUAGUCUGGAGAGGCUUUUCCUCACCGUGUCCAAUUACAUUUUCACAGCCAUAUUUGUGGGAGAAAUGACACUCAAGGUGGUGUCCAUGGGUUUGUAUAUUGGUGAGCAGGCGUACUUGCGUAGCAGCUGGAACAUUUUGGACGGUUUUCUGGUGUUCGUUUCUUUGAUUGACAUCGUUGUGUCUAUGGCGGGCGGGGCAAAGAUCCUGGGCGUGCUCAGGGUUCUGAGGCUUCUGCGCACGCUGCGCCCCCUCAGGGUUAUCAGUCGAGCUCCUGGCCUCAAGCUGGUUGUGGAGACUUUGAUCACUUCUCUGAAGCCUAUAGGAAACAUAGUUCUCAUCUGCUGUGCCUUUUUCAUCAUUUUUGGCAUCCUAGGAGUCCAGCUUUUCAAAGGCAAGUUCUACCACUGCUUAGGCCUGGAUGUCAAAAACAUCACCAACAAGUCUGACUGCCUUUCGGCCAAUUACAAGUGGGUCCAUCACAAGUACAACUUUGACAACUUGGGGCAGGCUUUGAUGUCCCUGUUUGUCUUGGCGUCCAAGGACGGUUGGGUCAAUAUCAUGUAUCACGGUCUAGAUGCAGUAGGAGUUGACCAGCAGCCCACAAUCAAUAACAACCCGUGGAUGCUGCUGUACUUCAUCUCCUUCCUCCUCAUCGUCAGUUUCUUCGUGCUGAAUAUGUUUGUGGGCGUGGUGGUGGAGAACUUCCACAAGUGCAGACAGCACCAGGAGGUGGAGGAGGCCAAGAGGAGGGAGGAGAAGAGACUAAGGCGCAUGGAGAAGAAAAGAAGGAAGGCCCAGAAGUUGCCCUACUAUGCCAGUUACAGUCAUGUGCGGUUGAUGAUCCACACCCUCUGCACCAGUCACUACCUGGAUAUCUUCAUUACCUUCAUCAUCUGUGUGAACGUUGUGACUAUGUCACUAGAGCACUACAGCCAGCCUCAUUCUCUGGAGAUUGCGCUCAAAUACUGUAAUUAUUUCUUCACCAGCACCUUUGUGCUGGAGGCUGUCCUAAAGCUCAUCGCGUUCGGCUUCCGACGUUUCUUCAAAGACAGGUGGAAUCAGCUGGAUCUGGCUAUAGUUCUCCUGUCAGUCAUGGGCAUCACGCUGGAGGAGAUUGAGAUCAGUGCUGCUCUUCCCAUCAACCCCACCAUUAUACGCAUCAUGAGGGUCCUACGCAUCGCCCGUGUGUUAAAGCUGUUGAAGAUGGCCACAGGAAUGAGAGCCCUGCUGGAUACGGUAGUUCAAGCGCUGCCACAGGUGGGGAAUCUUGGCCUGCUCUUCAUGCUUCUGUUCUUUAUUUAUGCCGCGCUUGGGGUGGAGUUGUUUGGAGAGCUGGUGUGUAAUGAGGAUUACCCGUGUGAAGGCAUGAGUCGUCACGCUACCUUUGAGAACUUCGGCAUGGCGUUCCUCACUCUCUUCCAGGUUUCCACUGGUGAUAACUGGAACGGUAUAAUGAAGGACACUCUUCGUGAAUGCCCGCCAGGCGAAUACACCUGUAAUCCCAGCCUGCAAUUCAUCUCGCCGCUGUACUUUGUGAGCUUUGUGCUGACAGCCCAGUUUGUUCUCAUCAAUGUGGUCGUGGCAGUGCUGAUGAAACACCUGGACGACUCGAACAAAGAAGCCCAGGAAGAGGCUGAGAUGGAUGCGGAGAUUGAACUGGAGCUGGCCCAGGGAACGCUCUGCUGCAUCGGAGGAGUGGGAGGAGGUGGAGGAGGCGGAGGGGGGGAGAGGACUCAGGCAGCUGGCCCAAGCUCUGCUAUUCAACCUCACUCCCCAAAUACACUCCCGGGGACCUGUGAGCCCAACAGUGCCAGGAAACUCUACUCCCCGGCCCAGGAAAACCUGUGGCUGGACAGUGUUUCUUUGCUCAUCAAAGACUCAUUUGAAGGAGAGAUGCUAAUGAUUGACAACCUCUCAGGCUCAGUCUUCCAUCAUUAUUCCUCCCCACCCAUCUGCAAAGACUGCAGGACUCACCCACAAGAGCAGAUCCACAUGGCUGAACUGGAGCAGGCAUCUUUACGGUCAGAGCAGCUCUCAGAUAAGUCAUCUUCACCAGCGCUACCCGAUGACCUCAGUCUGGAUGAACAGAGCGUCUACCAGAUGGCUACUAAGGAUGGAAAGGAAAGGAGCUGUGAUGAAUGUCUGACCUCAGAAGAACCAGGAGGGAAAGAUCACAGCAGGUUGCAAAGACCCUGUCGAGUUUACAGCUCCGGAGCCGAGGAAGGGGCGGCAGGGCCUGGCACUGGUUUUCAAAGUCCUCAUCGAUGUCACAACACGCCUGCUCGUCACAGCAUCGGUGGAGUACCCUGUAGCAGUAGUAAUCAAGAGUCCACCGAUGUCUCUGGAGGUUCGAGUGGCUCCAACACUCCCAUUCAUCUCCCCGCUGAAUUCUUCCACCCGGCAGCCGCGGCCCUCCCUGCUCCCCCCAGGGGCCGACUGGGACACAAACCAAGAGGGCUUCGGCUGACUUCACCAGCCUCGUGGGCUUCUCUGCGCUCUCCUGGAGCCAAUACCAGACUGCUUACCACACAAUAUCCAUCUCACAGUGACUCCUCUUUAGCUACGGGCAGCUCAGAGGGCAGCCUACCCACUACCAUGGAAGAAGGGCUUAGUUUCAUUGUGUCCGCCCCUCAAAACCUCGAGCUCCCUUUGCCCCUGAUAGACACGCUCCUUGACGAGGGCACUAGCCUCUCCACAGAGACCCUCAGACCCAGCCCACCAGCUGGCCAAAACCUCCACACCACCAGGGGGCACCAGCGUAGCAAGAGCAACUGCGGAGUCAACACAAGUGCAGGAAGCACAAGGAAAGGCUCCAUCGAUCCCUCUGAUGAGGAUUUUGGGAUGGUACGGUGCAGCUCUAACCAGACUUGUGACAGCCAGCACCUCUCUGAGACCCCGAGUAGCCUUUCUCUCACGUCGUUGCUUCUGCCGAGCUCUCUAGUGCCGACGUCUGCGAAAAAGUGCAACAGCACCGGCAGUUUGGACCUUGCAUCCCAAGAAACGGAAGGAAAGCAUGUUUUUGCAAAAGAGCCGCAGGGUAAUCUCACCAGCCCCUGGAAAGAGAGGAAGGAAGGGGGAAGAGAGAGGCAGUCUGAAGCAACGCAGGGCAAGGACGGGGAAAGUACAAGCCAAAUAACAAUCGUAGGCUCUAGUAAAAAUAGAUGAAACUCUACCUAGUGUUAGUUUUUUCUGAGGCCAACUAACCUGUCUCUGUUUUUUCAGAGAGCGGUAUGACUUGUGGCUCUCCAUCAAAAAAAAAAUCUCUCUAUCUCCCUGUUUUCAUUUGUGACCUGUUACCAUUUUGUAUUUGCUUGGACUGGUUUCAGUAAGCGUCCGACAGGGCUGUAGAGUCACCGGGUGGAGGGAUUUGAGAGAAGCGGUUCAAUCCUUCAGUGCAUGACUAGACACAGAAGGGAUUGUGCACGCAGCUGUCUGUACAACCUGAGCGAUCAUUUCAGGGAGACAAUAAGCAGUACAGGCAAAGCAUGCCAUAUGCAGGAUCGUGUGAGGAAUUGGGUUGGUUAAAAAGAUCAAUCAAAUGAAUAUAAACAUAUAGAGAGAGAGAGAUAGAGAAAGAGAGCAACCAGAGAUGAAUAGAGUAAGGAAGUUUUCUUCUGGAUUUAGGAUUACAUUUGGUGAUAAUAUUUACAACGAUUUAAGGACAUUACACAUUUUUUGCAGUUUAUGCAUUUAUUUGUCAGUUUGUUUUUAUGUAGUUGAGGUGAGAGAAAGGCCUUCCACCUUAAGGAUAUGUCUGUCGCAUGCCGUGUGUCUUGCCUGUCUGUCCUAGUAUUUAUUUAUUAUUUAUUUAUUAUUAUUAUUUAUUUAUUUAUUGUUUUUAUUAUUAUUAUUAGUUAUAUAUUUAAUUAAAAGGGCAAAUGUAGAAAUGUUCUACCUUUUGCAUUGGGAGGUAAGGAAAAUAUCGACAAAAGAACAACGAACAGUCCACUGCAUGAUGGAGUCUCUCCAACCGAACAAAUACGAAACAACACCAAGAUGUCAAUUCUGGACAAAAGCAGCAAGGUUUUUACUCAGAUAUUUUUUAUGAAUAUGCUCUGGAUUAAAAAAACAGGUGACAUACGUCAGUUUGUCACUUUGUCCUCUCCACAACCCCGAAACAUUUCUCUAUGUGACUUUAUUCCCUGCAAGUGGCUUCCAUUUUUAUAAUUGUGGUUAAGUGGAGGGGACCUUUUGUAUGCUUGAGUGAAAAGGACCAAAGGAUUAAACAAAAAAAAAAAGAGAAAAAAAACAUGGAUGUUGGACUGCGGAUUACUCUUGGAUAUUUGAAGGUUGAAAACAGCCAGAGAACAGGCCAUGGGAUCUAAACGCUUGGAGCUUCUACUGUAUGUUGUCCCUUGGAUGGCAUGUCAGAUGAGUACAACUUAAGACUUAGUGAUAUUUCAUUUGGAUAAAACAGUAAUUAGGUUAAUUGGAUUUGCAACAGAAUCAAUGAUUUAUAUGUGAAUUUUCUUUAGCAUGGUUACUGGAUUUCAAUAGGGCACCUCUUACUUAUUAUUCCUCCUCUUUAAAAAAAAACACUCAUUUGAUCUUUACUCCAUGUAGCUCCAGUAGAUUUAAUUGGUCACUGUAUUCAUGUGCAAAUGGAGAAUUUUUUGAAACCAUAAGUAUGACACUACAAAUACCCAUAGUUGAACCUGUUGUAGUAUUAAGUACCCCUGAUUUAUUUUUUUCUUUCAUUUUACACAAUCCAGGUGAAUUUCAAAAUUAGGCUUGACCUGUUGAUGAACUUCAUGUCAUUUGAUUGGUUGUGAUUGUCUAUACAUGAUUUCUGUACAUUACAUUAGUUGUGUUGUGGUUAAAUCAGGAGCAAGUGCAGGAUUGUCGUAAGCUUGCCUGUUCCGUUCAUGGUGUUGCCGCUGUAUUAAAUGUUUUUCAGCAGAACACGAUAACAAAGGGCUUACUCACUUUUCGAGGUGUUCUUGGAUCAAUUUUGCUAUUAGUGUGCAUGACUUCAAAGGUUAGUCUGACACUACAGCAAUAAAAAGUAGCUAUGUGUGCCCCAAAUAUACAUAAUGAUGUCAAAGUGAUUCUUUUUUAUAUUUCUAGUAUAUAACCUUCGUAAUUAGAUGCACCGUGACCUAAACAGUCAGUUUUAUCGCUUGCUUUUUUGUCGCACCCGGACAGGGCACGGUGUCAUACUGUACCUGCAUGAUGUGAGGGCUGAUGAAAUCGCAUUAUAAAUGUCCAAUCAUUUGAAAUAAACUGGCUGCCAAUGA